AUGAGGCUGGCCACACCUGCUGCAGGAUAUGCCUGUUCUGUAGGCAAAAGCUCCCGAGCUGGGAGGGAGACUCGCGCCGCCGGCGCCGGCACCGGGACCCGCUGGGAUCACCGGGCAGACGGAACCCCCAGGACGGGCCGCCGGACGGACGCCUCGACAGAGCGUUGCCAGCUGCACGGACGCACGGACAGCCCUGGACAGAACUCAGCCCUUCCCCUGGCGCUGCGGGAGGUGCCACCCGUGCAUGAGGCAGAUGGGGCUGACGUGCUCCAGCAGACGACGCGGUGUGACAGAACACAUGUGGCAGAGAGCUGUGACGCAGAUGGGCCGGACUCUUGCAUCGUCCCUGUCUGGUGGCGACGUGGCUUUUCUGGGGACAUCUGCUACCAGCAGCGUCUGUUUCUGCCAACCUGGCUGACCCCAUACGCCCCGCUCUCAGGCUCUGUGCUCCUGGGAGCACAUUUGGGCUGCCCCAGGCUGGUGGCAGCAGUGGCUCUGCUUAUAGGGCCAGGAAGAGCAGAACAGGAAGGAGUGAUCUGUGCAUCUCCUCACUGGAAGGGAUCUGUGUCCUGCAGCCGCACACUGGGAGCCGGCUGUCCCUGCACUGUCCCACCAGUGCUGGCAGGAAGCCACCGCCUGCAUCUGGCAGACCUGUCACCCACUUGGAAGCGGCCAUCCCAAGCAAUGAGACUUGUCCCAUGGCUCUGGAAGCUCCCCAGAACCGCCAGGGUUUGCAGGAGGGGUCACAUCCUCCCUCUGGGCCCUGGCAGGUGUUGGAGUCGGUCACAAGAUCGGCCCCCGGCUUCCUAAACUGCUUCCUUCCUGGACUCUGCUGCGGUGAGAAGGUCAGUGGGCUGGACACCUGCCUUCAGUGUGCUGCACCCAGCCCUAUGGCUGCAUGGCUGGGAGCAGCCCCAGCGUGAGGAGACCCAAAGAAGGACUCAGCUGAAGGACUACGGCAGCUGGGACACCAAACAGCUUUGAAAUACACAUGAUGUGCAUCAAUGCUGAGCCCUCUCCUAUGCCGUCAGUCACAAGGCAGGAGGAAAAGGUAGCAAUGAAGGCAAUGGGUGCAGCCUGAGCCGGGGAAUCCCUCUGCCCACCACAGGCAGCAGAAGAAAGAGGCCAGUGGAGCUUGUUUGAUAGCUUUAUUGCUUCUGUGAUAUGACUGAAUUGAUGUGACAUAAGCCGGCUUGAAAAGCCUGCGAGACUCCCACCUCCCUGCCUAGAGGGGAAAUUAAAAAAACAAACAAACAAACAACAAAAACCUGCAGAAACUAAAACUAGUUUUAAAAACUCA